AACAAGGUGCUGACGGUGGACGGGGUGAAGGUGAAGCUGCAGAUCUGGGACACGGCCGGGCAGGAGCGCUUCCGCAGCGUCACCCACGCCUACUACCGGGAUGCCCACGCCCUGCUCCUGCUCUACGAUGUCACCAACAAAGCGUCCUUUGACAACAUCCAGGCUUGGCUGACAGAGAUCCACGAGUACGCGCAGCAGGACGUGGUCCUCAUGUUGCUGGGGAACAAGGUGGAUUCAGCCCAGGACAGAGUGGUGAAAAGGGAAGAUGGAGAAAAAUUAGCCAAGGAGUACGGCGUGCCCUUCAUGGAGACCAGCGCGAAAAGCGGCCUCAACGUUGACCUGGCGUUCACAGCCAUCGCCAAGGAAUUGAAGCACAGGUCCAUGAAGCUCCCCAACGAGCCCAAAUUCACGCUCCACGACUACGUGAAGAAGGAAGUGAGAGGCUCGGGCUUGCGGCGCUAG